UCCUAAGACUUGCAACUCUGAAUUAUAUAAUUUUAUAGGUUAUACAUGUGUAUGUUUACCAUGUAGUGACUUUUUACUAAAAAGGAAGAAAAACUAUGAGAGAGGCAAAUCAGACACAGGUUGCAGAAUUCCUCCUUCUGGGAAUCUCUGAUGACCCACACACCCAGGACCUGCUAUUCAUCUUAUUCCUGUGUGUCUACCUAGUCACUGUGCUUGGAAAUCUUCUUCUCAUGUCCCUUGUUCAUGUUGACUCUCGACUUCACACACCCAUGUAUUUUUUUCUCUGCAAUUUGUCUCUGGCUGACCUCUGUUUCUCUACCAACAUAGUACCUCAGGCCCUAGUCCACCUGCUUUCCAGGAAGAAAGUCAUUUCAUUCACACGGUGUGCAGCUCAGCUUUUCUUCUUUCUUAUUUUUGGGUGUACACAGUGUGCUCUUCUGGCAGUGAUGUCCUAUGAUCGGUAUGUGGCAAUCUGUAAUCCUUUGCAUUACCCUAGCAUCAUGACCUGGAAAAUGUGUGUCCAGCUGGCCACAGGAUCAUGGACCAGUGGCAUUUUGGUGUCUGUGGUGGACACCAUCUUCACCCUAAGGCUACCCUACCGAGGCAGUAACAAUAUUGCUCAUUUCUUUUGUGAGGCCCCUGCACUGUUGAUCUUGGCAACCACAGACACCCACACAUCAAAAAUGGCCAUUUUCCUCAUGGGAGUUGUGAUUCUCCUUAUACCUGUUUCCCUAAUUAUGUUAUCCUAUGGUUGCAUUAUAGUGACUAUAAUCAAGAUAAAUUCAGCUGCAGGGAGGCUCAAGGCAUUUUCUACUUGUGGCUCCCAUCUCAUUGUGGUCAUCCUUUUCUAUGGGUCAGCAAUUAUCACUUACAUGACACCAAAGUCUUCCAAAGAGCAGGAAAAACUAGUGUCUCUUUUCUAUGCAGUGGUAACCCCCAUGCUUAAUCCCCUCAUCUACAGCCUGAGGAACAAGGAUAUGAAGGAAGCUCUGAGGAAAGUAACCACAAGGAAUUUCCCAUGCAGGCUUGGACUCUCACACUGACUGAGCUAAGGGACCAUGUUGGUUUCCUACUUGUAA